CCAAUGUUAAGAAUUGUUCAUUUUUUUUUACAGUUUUUAAGGUGUGAUAUCUACAUAGAAAUGCUGAGGAAGAUCUAUUCACUCACCUUGGGAGAUAAUUGCUUCAGCGAUGCUCUCAAUUUGUUGGAAAUUCAAGAAUUAUUGCAGUUUGAUGUUUGGAAUGUCGCUUCUGAUGAUAUUCUAUCAAAACUUACCAUUUUACACAGAAUGUUCCGUUCUCUGUCUAGAGGAUCUUGUUGUCCAAAGUUGAUUGAUAUUUGUAAUUACUUGGUUGACAAUAACGUUAUUACUGUACUGUCAUCAUUGAUGGGUGUUGAUAACCAAUAUGUUGUUUAUAUGUCUGCCAAAGCAAUGAUAUCUCUCGUUAUGUACCGACCUUCCUUGAUCAAGAAGUUGCAACUACAACAACAUUUUGUAGACUGCUUGAAAUUCAAAUGGAAGCCAAUUUAUCUGAUGAAGGUGCUGACUCAAGUUGUGAAUAGUUCGUGUAGUUCAGAAUGCCAAGGGAAGAAACCUACUAGUGUGUCAUGUAAAUGUAGCAUGACCUCAAAUCAUAUGGAUACUGGAUCCAACCCAGAACACUAUCCUGCAUUAUAUGUUAACUUGAUAAUUGAAGGAAGUAAAGAAUUUCUUAUCUCAUCAUAUUGUUCUUUGUGGAAAGACAUUUUUGAAAACUACAUUCAUUCAAACACAGACACAAAAUACACAAAUUGUGAACUUGAAAAGGUUUGUGAAGUUCACAGAAAUACUGGUGCAAUGGUUCAACAGAAUCUAAAUAAAAGAUGCAUUGAAAUUUCAAAUAGAAAUGAACAAGUUUUGCUAUCAUUUCUUCACUUUUUGUCAGCAUUUUUCAAAUGGAAAGUUACUAAUGAUUUGUACCUGGGAAAUACAACUCUACUGAAAGAACACAAUCAAAGUGCAGUGAUGAAAAAUUGUGAUCAUCUACUUCUAGUAAUCCCAUUAUUUGUGCACAUUCUUCAAGAUAAAGGGUUAUCUAGUGAAGUUUGGAAAAGUGUUGUUGAACUUCUGUUAUYAUGUCUGUGUACAGAUACAAAUGAGAAUCAUCCUUUUGCCUUUGUUCUUUCCCAUCAUAUUAGUGUAGCCAUUGUAAUGGMAACUACCAUUGGUGUUCUGGAUAAGAUACCUGUAURUAAUGGCUUUGAAGGAUUUGGAGGAGAAAAUAUAGCUCUUCUAAAUAGUAAUCAUGAUAAUCAAUUGUUACGUCAUAAGGGUUUAUCACGUCGAAUAUCACUAUUGAUUAUCAAGGCAUCAUUUGUUUUGAUGAAUGGACAAAACAAUGGUUCUUUAAAGCUUGUCAUAGAAGCUCUCACCACUUGGUYGCUGUCCCUGCUGUCCAAYAAGAACAACUACAUUAACAUGCUGUUGGACAUGUUUGCUGAUCAAGAUGACGAGAUGCUUGAGAUGAUGCUCUUCUUGUUAAAGCUGCAUAUCAGCCUUAUAAAAACAAAUGAAAUUGGUCCUGAUGYACAAUCUGCCAUUGAUAACUUCAACCCCCAUGUGCUGUUUGUUGAAUUCCUGUCUACCAUUCACUUUGACCAUUCUGUUCUCUUGGACUUUCUUGUUUCAAGUGAGACUAUGUUCCUGGAAUACAUUACAUGUUAUUUACAGCUAGUUUUGUGUGACUGGAAGGGAUUUUGUAAUGACAUUCAAGCACACUUUAUAAAAGAAGAUAUUCCAAAGCAAACCAUGAUCAAUGGUAACAUCAAAGGUGAUGAUGAAAGUAGUGUUGGUCUGUUGUCUAGUGAUGCUUAUGGUAGUGAUUGGAAUAGUUUAGAUGAUCAUGAUGUCCUUGCUGUCCAUGAUGUUGAUGGUGUUGUCRGUGAUGUUGUUACCAAUAAAUAUGAUAGUGAUAGUGUUGAUGAUGUUGUUGAUAUUGAUGAUGAAUGCAUCAAAGAUGUUAGCUGUUCUAUGCUUAGUUCCCAGUCCAUACUAGAAAGAACAAUGUCUUGUCUAAUCCAUCUAAGGAUUUCUGUCCAGAGACUAGUGAGGGCCAGUUUAUUCCCAUAUAAUGUCAAUCCAUUGUUAAAGAAGUUUGAAGCUGUCGAAAAUCGUUUUGAUGGAUAUUAGAUAAAGGAAUGUAUUGAAGGUAACUUGUGAUAAUCUCUGAAUAUAAUCGUGCACAUCUCAUUUUGUUAUGCCACCUGUUAAACGAAUAACGGCUCAACUGAAAUACAAACUUAUGUAAUUUACAGACUUUGUCACUGAGUUGUUUUGAACUUUCUGAACUGAAUCAUUUAAAAAUGAGAUGAAGCAUUUAGAAAUAUGCGACAAUUAUGUAAUUGCAACAGGCACAUGAUUCAUGUAUGACAACCACACCACAAUAAUGCUUUUCCCAUAAGUCCAAUGAAUAAACUUAAUAGUUGUAUAAGUAUUAUUCGUGAUCUAAGUGAUUGUUAGUGCUUUAUUUUAAGAUUAUUAUUUUAGUGUGCGAUAUUCAUAUGAUAUAAUAUUAAUUGAUAUAAUGUAAUAUAAUUUUUAUAAUUUCUUCUUUCUUACAUUUACAGUGGCCUGCCACUGAAUAGUUUUAACUACUUGCAGGUUACUGGAAGCCAUGUAAUCUAUACUCAUCAAAAUGAUAAUAAAGUCUGUGCACGUGUGAAUGCAUAUACUCGAUGAGAAAAA